AUGGAAAACGGUAGGAUCACGUCUAGAAAAAGCACGAGCUCUUCUCUCCGCUGAGUCCAGCUUUUUGGGGAAAAACGUCCAAGCGUCUUUUGCAUUAAAAUCUCUCACUUCUGCUUUGGCCCAUAUGAGCAGCUUCUGCUGUCAUCCCGCUGGCGAGUUUCUUUCUUAGCGUCUCUAAUGAGAUGGUCCUCUUCACGCUCUGCUUCAGCUUUCCGGAAGUGCGCACCCUCGUGUCCCUCCAAGCGGGACAGCAUAACUUUUCAGUCUUCUCUGUUCCCUCGCUGGAGUAUCAUGUUGCCAUUCUGUUUGCUAUGCACAUGAAACGUUGCCAGUUGCGUGUCAUCCCAACAGCUGGGCCAAGAGUGUAGUGUGUGCUGUUUUUUCCUGUCUUCUACCACCACAGCAGAUCUCUCCUCAACAUGUCCAUAAAUCCAAUGAUCUACGAAACCCAGUUCUUUGGGUUUACACCUCAAACAUUGAUUUUGCGGAUAUAUACUGCCUUUCAAGAUCAUCUUUCCCACAUCAUACUGGUAGCAGAAGCAGCUAUUCUGAAUAAAUUGAACAACAGCCGUUCUCAUAGCACGCCUUCCCUAAUCCGGAGGGGUACAGAGCAAUUCUUUUCUUUCAUGAAACAGCGUUUCGACAGCUUGUUUGGCAAAAUGGAAGAUAUGCUUCUGAACAUGGUGCUGACCAUUCCCAAGAAUGUUUUGCUCCCGGAAGACGAAGCCCAAGAGAAGUUUUGCUAUACUGCAGAGCAGUUUCAGGAACUGCAGAUGGAGAUCAACCAGCUAGAAAAAAAGCUGAAGGCUGAAACAUAUGCAGAACAGGCUCUUCAGGCAGAACUGGAGGAGCAAAAGGUUGUCCAGGCACACCUGGAAGGAAUUCUCCAGUGGUUUGACAAUCUUGACAACAUCGGAAGAGAAGAAGGGACCAACAGCAUGAAAGAAAGCUUUGCUGCCUUGAUGAAAACAGCUGUCAAACUGCAGGACAUUGUUUUGGAGGUAGAUGAGAAGAUGAAGAAGCUGGAAAGGCAGUGAUGAUGUACAAACAGGAAAAUAGAAAUGCACUAUUUCAUUAAUCCCAUUUUUCUCCUUUCAAAGUAAAUUACUUUGUUCUCAGUAGGUCAAAGUAUUCAUGGUCAUCUUAUACAUUUGUAUGUAAAUGCAUUUUGUGUUUUCAAAAUGUUUAAUCUUUGUAAACAGGCCCCCAGAGCUUUGGCUUUUGGGUGGCAUCAACACAUAAUUAGAACUCACAGCCCACUCUGAGUGGGCUUGUUUUGAACUAUUUUGUAGUAGUGCUUCAAUAUGAGAAAGCCCUUUUUAUGCUCAGGCUGAUUGAACAAAUCACACUGCCUCUCUUUCAGGUACACAGCAGGAUGUACAUCAAAAUAACAUUAGAACCGCUCAUAAAAUAAAAACCCACAAGAAGAAUAAAUAGGCAAUAAAAAUUGAGAACCUAAAUGAGGGACAGGACAACUCAAGUCCCUCCAUAUAUUUUGACCUCUGAAGCUGAUGGGUGGGACAUUUAGGACAGAUAAAAGGAAGUACUCCACAGCGUAAACAAUGGAUUUUGCUGUCACGGUGAUGAACUCCAAUCUGGAUGGCUUUAAAAAAACAUGUGACUGCUACUACCUUUGCUGGCUCUAUGCUACCUCCUUUACCAGAGGUGGCAUGUCCAUAUACCCUAGUUGCUGAGGAGCCUGGGCAGCCGGAGGUCUUGCACCCAUCCCCCCUUUUUUUUUUUUGAAUAAAUUUUAUUAUUUUCUCUACAAACUAAUAUUAAAAAAAAUCAAUCAUUUAAGACAUCGGACAUACUGGGUUAACAUCUUGCUCUUUUAAACAUCUUGCUGUUUAAGUCUAUAAGCAUAUUCAAAUCUAUGCACAGUUUCUCUAGUCAAUAAUAAAAGUUAGAAAUAAGGAAAUUGAUAGAAAUAUGCAUCCUCCUCCUCCUUCAGAGACAAGGUCAGUCUGUCCAUUUCUGCACAAUCCAAAAUCUUUUUUAAGAUCAGUUCUUCAAUAGGUGGCUCUUCACUCC